AUGGAAGAUGACACAGAGCCAUACUUUAUUGGAAUAUUCUGCUUCGAGGCCGGCAUCAAAAUUAUUGCCUUGGGCUUUGUUUUCCAUAAAGGCUCCUACCUCCGGAAUGGCUGGAACGUCAUGGACUUCGUUGUGGUGCUGACUGGGAUCCUGGCGACGGCGGGGACAGACUUUGACCUACGGACGCUCCGGGCAGUUAGAGUGCUGAGACCUCUAAAGCUGGUGUCUGGGAUUCCUAGCCUACAGGUGGUACUAAAGUCUAUCAUGAAGGCGAUGGUUCCGUUACUUCAGAUCGGGUUACUCCUCUUCUUCGCCAUCGUCAUGUUUGCCAUUAUUGGCUUGGAGUUUUAUAUGGGCAAAUUCCACAAGGCCUGCUUUUCUGAUGACUCAGAUGAGCCUGUAGGAGAUUUCCCCUGUGGGGAAGAGCCGCCGGCCCGACUGUGUGAAAACGGGACAUUCUGUCGGGUUUAUUGGAAGGGACCGAAUUUCGGAAUCACAAACUUUGAUAACAUCCUAUUCGCUGUCCUGACCGUGUUCCAGUGCAUCACUAUGGAGGGAUGGACCGACAUCCUGUACAACACAAACGACGCCGUGGGUUACAUGUGGAACUGGCUCUAUUUUAUCCCACUCAUAAUUGUUGGCUCUUUCUUCAUGCUGAACCUGGUUCUGGGUGUCCUCUCAGGGGAGUUUGCUAAGGAACGAGAGCGAGUAGAAAAUCGUCGUGCCUUCCUCAAACUCCGCCGUCAGCAGCAAAUCGAGCGAGAAUUAAAUGGCUACCUUGAGUGGAUCUUCAAAGCCGAGGAAGUCAUGUUGGCUGAGGAGGACAAGAACGCAGAGGAGAAGUCCCCCUUAGAUGUACUCAAGAGGGCAACCAUUAAGAAAAGCAAAAACGACCUUAUCCAUGCCGAGGAGGGGGACGAUCAUUUCAAUGACAUCUGCUCAGUGGGUUCACCCUUCGCCCGUUCAAGCCUGAAAAGCGGGAAGAACGAGAGUUCUUCCUACCUUCGCCGAAAGGAGAAGAUGUUCAGGUUCUUCAUCCGCCGGAUGGUGAAAGCUCAGAGUUUCUAUUGGUUCGUCCUCUGUGUGGUGGCGCUUAACACUCUCUGCGUGGCCAUAGUACACUACAACCAGCCUCAGUGGCUCACCGAAGCCUUGUAUUAUGCAGAGUUUGUGUUCCUGGGACUCUUCUUGACGGAAAUGUCCUUAAAGAUGUACGGUCUGGGACCCCGCAAUUAUUUCCACUCAUCCUUCAACUGCUUUGAUUUUGGCGUGAUAGUUGGAAGUAUUUUUGAGGUCAUAUGGGCUGCGGUGAAACCAGGAACUUCCUUUGGCAUAAGUGUCCUUAGAGCUCUGCGACUUCUUCGCAUCUUUAAGGUGACCAAGUACUGGAACUCCCUAAGGAAUCUGGUUGUGUCUCUUCUCAACUCCAUGAAGUCCAUCGUCAGCCUCCUUUUCCUUCUGUUCCUCUUCAUCGUGGUGUUUGCUCUACUUGGGAUGCAACUUUUUGGAGGACAGUUUUAUUUUGAAGAGGAAACCCGGAACACGAACUUUGACACCUUUCCUACUGCAAUCCUUACUGUGUUUCAGAUCUUGACAGGAGAAGACUGGAAUCUUGUGAUGUAUUUCGGCAUCGAGUCACAGGGGGGCGUCAGUAAAGGAAUGUUCUCGUGCAUCUAUUUCAUCAUUCUGACACUGUUUGGAAACUAUACCCUUCUAAACGUCUUCUUGGCCAUUGCUGUGGAUAACUUGGCGAAUGCACAAGAGCUAACCAAGGAUGAAGAAGAGAUGGAAGAAGCCACCAACCAGAAGCUGGCGCUACAAAAAGCCAAAGAAGUGGCGGAAGUCAGCCCCAUGUCCGCCGCCAACCUGUCCAUCACAGCUUUUGUAAAGCAAACUCAAGGUGCAAUAUCUCGGAGCUCGUCCGUCUCCAACGUAAAUUCACCGGACCCGUCAGUCUGUUCCGCGGUCAUUAAAACCCAACUCCCAGCAUACCCAUCAGCCUGGGAGUUGGCGCCCAGCUGUGCCCGACAUCUGCAUGCCAUGGAUCCUUGCAAACAGCAGAAUUCGACCAAGUGUCGCUCCGUGUGGGAGCAGCGAACCAGCCAGAUUCGAAAGCACAAUUUCCGCGCCAGCUGUGAGGCCCUCUACAGUGAGUUGGAACCCGAGGACCGUCUGCGUUAUGCCACCACCCUACACCUAAGGCCUGAUAUGAAGAGUCAUAUGGACCGGCCACUUUUGGUGGAACCUCAGGACUCAACUGAGACAAAAGAUGGAAGCCCAGAUGCCCCAGCUCCAAACGAAAUAGAACCAGUUCCUGGUGUGACUACUGAGCCCUCAGCACGUAAACAGCACCGGCACCGUGAUCGUGGAGAACCCAAUGGUGGAGGGAGAGAGAACGGCAACCAUAAUGGAGAUUCAGGAAGUAAUGAUAGAGAGGAACGUCAACGACAACAUAGGAGUCGCAGCAAGGAAGAGGAUGGGAGUAAGGAAACGGGAAGGGGGGAGAGGAACCGCAGUCAGGAAAGGGGCAAGCGACACCAUAGAAGGGCUUCCCCUGAGGACGGGACGGAGAGAGAGCACCGGCGACACCGUACCCACCGCCAUUCAGCAGAUAGGCAGGGCAAAGAAGGCAAUGGCCAGCCACCCUCUGGUGGUAAGGGCGAAAGAAAAUCCCGGCACAGAGGCGGCGGUUCCAGAUCUGGAAACAGAGAGGGGGAGGGAACCAACAGGGGAACUGGGGAGAAUGGUGAGGAACCCCCAAGGUCACGGCAUCGCAAUAGACAUAAAGCACUCUCGACUUACGACACCGAAGAUAAGAAGGAGAACAAAGACGGCGAAUCAGCAGAGAAAGAGCACCGCAAUCAUAGGCCAAGGGAAAACCGCAAUGAGUCGGAGCUUCCACCAGGUGGGUUGCAGCAGUUGGCCGAGCAGCCAGAAGAUGCCGAUAACCAGAAGAAUGUCAACCGUAUGGCUCUGCCCCACCCGGAGAGAAGCAGCACCAUCAAUAUUCCAGUGACCAUCACAGCGCCCCCUGGAGAAAGUGCCGUCAUCCCUAUCAAUAAUGUGGAUUUCGAUGGGAAGUCUGAGGAGAAGAAAGAGAUGGAAGACGACCUGACCAAGAAUGGUCCCAAGCAGAUCCUGCCGUACAGUUCCAUGUUCAUCUUUAGUACCACCAAUCCAGUGCGCCGUCUCUGCCAUUACAUCGUCAACCUGCGCUACUUCGAGAUGGUUAUCCUGGUCGUGAUUGCGCUGAGCAGCAUUGCCCUGGCGGCGGAAGAUCCCGUGCAGGCCGACGCACCCCGCAAUGAUGUGCUAAAAUACAUGGAUUAUAUUUUUACCGGAGUCUUCACUUUUGAGAUGGUGAUAAAGAUGAUUGACCUUGGGCUGCUGCUUCAUUCCGGAUCCUAUUUUAGAGACCUUUGGAAUAUUUUGGAUUUCAUCGUGGUCAGCGGUGCCCUGGUGGCUUUUGCUUUCUCGAGUUUUGUUGGAGGGAACAAAGGAAAAGACCUGAACACCAUCAAGUCGCUGAGGGUUUUGCGUGUUUUACGGCCACUGAAAACCAUCAAACGCCUACCCAAGCUGAAGGCGGUGUUUGACUGCGUGGUGAACUCUCUGAAGAACGUCCUGAACAUCCUGAUAGUUUACAUGCUCUUCAUGUUUAUCUUUGCUGUUGUUGCAGUCCAGCUCUUCAAGGGCAAAUUCUUUUACUGCACCGACGAGUCUAAGGAUUUGGAGAAGGAUUGCAGAGGGGAAUAUCUGAACUAUGAAAAUAAUGAUGUGAGAGCUCAGGCAAGAGAGUGGAAGAAAUAUGAAUUUCACUAUGACAACGUACUGUGGGCGUUGCUUACCCUGUUCACGGUCUCCACUGGAGAAGGUUGGCCCAAUGUCCUCAAGCACUCAGUAGAUGCCACCUACGAGGAUCAGGGUCCGACGCCUGGUUUCAGGAUGGAGAUAUCGAUCUUCUACGUGGUCUAUUUUGUGGUGUUCCCGUUUUUCUUCGUCAACAUUUUCGUGGCUCUGAUCAUCAUCACCUUUCAGGAGCAAGGAGAUAAGGUCAUGUCGGAGUGUAGCCUUGAAAAGAACGAGAGGGCCUGCAUAGACUUUGCCAUCAGUGCUAAGCCCCUCACUCGGUAUAUGCCUCAGAACCGCCAAUCCUUUCAGUACAAGAUGUGGAGAUUUGUCGUGUCCCCUCCGUUUGAAUACUUUAUUAUGGUGAUGAUUGCUCUGAACACCAUCGUGCUCAUGAUGAAGUUUUAUGGGGCCCCUCAAACCUACGAAGACAUGUUGAAAUGCCUCAAUAUUAUCUUCACCUCAAUGUUCUCUCUGGAAUGUAUCUUAAAGAUAAUUGCCUUUGGGGUACUGAACUAUUUCAGAGAUGCCUGGAAUGUGUUCGACUUUGUUACAGUGCUGGGAAGUAUCACUGAUAUUUUAGUUACAGAGAUUGCGGACACGGAAAACUUCAUCAACUUGAGCUUCCUGCGGCUAUUCCGAGCCGCCCGACUGAUCAAAUUGCUACGGCAAGGUUAUACCAUACGAAUCCUUCUCUGGACCUUCGUGCAGUCUUUUAAGGCCUUGCCAUACGUCUGCCUCCUGAUCGCCAUGUUGUUCUUCAUCUACGCCAUCAUCGGGAUGCAGGUGUUUGGAAACAUUGCACUGUCCGACGAUAGCUCUAUAAACCGACACAACAACUUCCGUACCUUCUUCCAAGCACUGAUGCUCCUCUUCAGGAGUGCCACCGGUGAGGGCUGGCAUGAAAUCAUGCUGUCUUGCCUCAGUAACCGCCCCUGUGACCCUCGCUCCGGCAACACCAAAGAAGAAUGUGGCAGCGACUUCGCAUAUUUCUAUUUUGUCUCUUUCAUCUUCCUGUGCUCUUUCCUGAUGCUGAAUCUUUUUGUUGCUGUCAUUAUGGAUAAUUUUGAGUAUCUGACGAGAGACUCUUCCAUCCUGGGACCACAUCAUCUUGAUGAGUUUAUCAGAGUCUGGGCAGAGUAUGAUCCGGCUGCUUGCUGCCGAAUUCACUAUAAGGAUAUGUACAAUUUAUUGCGUGUAAUUGCCCCUCCGCUGGGGCUGGGGAAACGCUGCCCAUCGCGGGUGGCUUACAAGCGCCUCGUAAGGAUGAAUAUGCCUAUUUCUGACACAGACCUGACUGUUCAUUUCACCUCGACUUUGAUGGCAUUGAUUCGAACCGCUCUGGAUAUUAAAUUGGCUUCAGGUGGAAUUAAACAACAUGAAUGUGAUGCUGAACUGAGGAAAGAAGUCUCAUCUGUGUGGCCCAACCUCUCUCAGAAGACUCUGGAUCUUCUGGUACCACCUCAUAAGCCCGAUGAACUGACUGUUGGGAAGGUCUACGCUGCCCUAAUGAUCUUUGACUUCUACAAGCAGAAUAAAAACAACCGUGAUCAAUCCCACCCACAGUCUGGUGUCCUUUCUCAGACUGGUACAGUCUCCCUUUUCCAGCCGUUGAAAGCUACUUUGGAACCAUUUGGAAAUUCCAAAAUGUUUAUCCGUCAGAAGAGCUCAGCUUCUUUGAACAACGGUGGUUUGGUGCCAGAUCAAGAUAUGGGUAUUCGAGAGUCAAGUUCUUGGGGAACCCAACCUGCUACAGAUCCCUUUUCUACUCCGAGGAGCACAGCCUUCCAGAGAGGUCACUCAGAGGAGAUCCAUGCACAAAGAAAUGGCAAACAGUCUGUAGAGAUGAAGCAAAUCGGACAGACUCUGUCUAAUGGAGGAGAACACCCUACGGGCUUGGAGUCUCAGGGUCGUGCAGUUUCCAUGCCACGGCUAGCAGCUGAAACCCACCCGAGAAGCCGUGCUCCUUCCCCCGGAAAUGGUUACCUUCCCUCGAUUCCUGAUACCAGUCCAAUGAAGCGGUCGGUUUCCACCCUGACUCCGCCACAGCGAGCACAGCUGUACGAAUACUCUCUAGAAAGGGUACCACCCGAGCGCACCCACCAACACCAUCACCGUUGCCACCGGCGGAAGGAGAGAAAGCAAAAAUCUACAGAGAGAUCACCACAAAGUGAAGAUGCAGAUGCCCCCACCAGGGACAGGAAACACGAAAGAGGACGAUCCCAAGAAAGGAAACAGCAGCCUCCAUCUUCGUCGGAGAAACAGCGCUUCUACUCCUGUGACCGAUACGGAAGCCGCGACUCCGGGCACCCUCGUCAAUGUGAUCACAGCCGGGCAACGUCGCCUAGUGCGGGACAAGACCACAGCACGCACAGACAGGGGAGUGGUUCAGCCAGUGGAAGUCCACGACUCACCAGUUCAGGUGCUAGCACCCCGUGCCGGGGGAUCCGGAGGCAACUCCCCCAGACUCCUCUUACUCCUCGGCCCAGUGUUACAUACCGGACAGCUCACUCCUCCCCUGUGCACUUUGGGGGGCCUGCUUAUUCCCCAGGGCGUCUAAGUCGGGGUUUAUCAGAGCACAACACUCUACUGUACAGCGAUUCCCCCAGCCACUCAGCCUGCACUGUUACUCGCAUUGGGUCUGACCCCUACUUAGGACCACGCCAGGAUAGCGACAGUUACUGUCCUUUGUCAGAGGAGACAUUAACCUUCGAGGAAGCCUUGGCCAGCAAUUCUGGACGUUCAUCCCGGACUUCCUAUGUGUCUUCUCUGACCUCACAUUCACACCAGCUCUGCAGGGUACCAAAUGGUUACCACUAUACCCUGGGGCUUAGCACUGGGCCCGCCACAGCUCCAAGAGGCCGAAGCUACUACCAUGAAGCAGAUGAGGAUGACUGGUGCUAGCACAGGGACCCACAACAUGUUCCCACUCUUACCUCUGCUUCAGAGGAAAGUGAAAGAAGCACGGGGGAGGGUCAAAGAUGGGGGUCGGUUGCCCGAGUCAUUACUGAUGAGUUUUAUCAUCAGCCGGCGCUUAAGUCGCCAUGACAACAAAGCGUGGUACGCGGGAGCAGAGGCAUCCAUCUUGGAAGAACUCUGAGCAUGGGGCGACUGCAGGAAGUGAACAAGCUCAGGAUUACAGGAAGCGGAAAUGGGGGCAGCUGACUAUAGGAUGUGCUUUGAAACAUCUCAUCACAAAGCUUCAUUUUGUUCAGUGGGGUGGGCGAGCAAAGAUGGCAGUUUCCUCUCUUAUUUUUGUGGCAGGACACCCAAACUGCCGAGGGUAUGAAGUUGAAGAGUAGAAAUGGAGACGGUAGGUGAGAGCAGCAAGGUGAAGGCCAUACAGCAUCAACGUUUUAUCCAAUCACCGUAAAGAAAAUAUCAGGGUUAGAUUCUAUUGCUUUGCUUCCAUCUCUGUACAUAUCCGACGCCAAUAACCACACAUCCCAACGGCAGAACAUUGACUUCUGCUCACCUUGUUCUCACACACUCGGCUUGCAGUCGCAGACACAUGGCCAAGCUAUCCCAGUGCCUCAUCCACACAAACGGCCAUAAAACUCAUGUCGCUGUUGUGUUUUCAUAGCAACUUGCAAGAAUCUAGGGCUCUUCCUUCAUUCUGUCCUGUAGAAUUGUUUCCAAGUCUCUCUGCUACACAACCAUGAAAGCCGAACGGACCGCUCAGGUUCUGUUCUUGAUCUGCUUAUGGCUGCUCCGCCAGAUUGAUCUCAUUUACAGAUACCUGGGGAUAACCGUUUGCCGAUUACACUGGAGGUCUUCGAAUGCCAUUACUACAUACAUUGAGAUAUUUGUGACGUGUGUCUCUAAAGCUUGAUUGUCCAUUGACCAUUGUUCUUAAUCCGAAAGAAGCCUUGCCUUCUUAUGGGAUAGCAUACAGUUUGGUUAUGCAUUGGUCCAAACAUGCAUGUAGUUGGUUGCACAUUGUGGGAACAUCAGCGUUUAAGCUGUGUUAUAUUUUGUGUGUGUGUGUGUGUGUGUUGUAGUUCCAGUUUGAAAUGUAUUACUAAUGUGCACAGGGAGUCUUCCCUAAGCUGCUUCUUUACAUAGUCUUCAUGCCAGUCUACCGAACUGUUAGACUCUAACCAUUUAAACCUUUUUUUUGAUUCUACUAAGGGUGUAAAGCUGUCAGCCUGCCAUCCUAACGAGACCCUUGAUUAAUGCCCAGGGUGAGAGUCUUGCCCACUUCUCUAGAAGUCCAGCUGUAGAGAGAGAUGUCUAACUUUUAAAUGUUUUCUGUGCCAUUCAGUCAUAGAGGCAACGAGCUCUCUGCCCCAGUGCCAAAUUUUUUUUGGAGCCUUGUGGACCUGCCGUUGACAGACUGUGCCAAUCUCUACAAGCCCAGGGUACUCCUUUUACGCAUACUUGUUUCAGAAUAGCUUGGGCGGUACACCUGUCCCAUGGCAAUAAGGCACUCCAUGACUGCGAACGUCUCGUAGAGCCGCGUGGCCUUUACAUGAAUAUGUAGCAUUAUAUUCUUCAUAUCAAGCACAAUGUGAUAAAGAUUUAUGGUAAAGCAUGACGAUAUAUCGGCAGUGUUGCAUUUAUUCUUUACAGUGCAUAUAACUAUACUUUUAAGGGCAAAAGCUGAUUUUCCAAAGACAUCAUUGUCGGCAGUAGAACCUACUGUAGGUGACCACUAUAGCCCCGACUAUUUUUACUCUGUUGGGCUUGAGAGGGGAUUUCUCGAGUGCCCACAUUGGAUGUGGUCAUGAAUACCUACAUCUUCCACUGAUUCAUGAUAGUGUUGCCAUAGCAGUAGGGGAAGGUUUGGUGCCUGCUGUUGUGACGUUUAUAAGACCCUGUUAGUAUUGUAUUUUCAGCACAACGUUAUUAGGUGAGCGGGGUGAGUAGAAGCCUCAGAUUUUACAAGAGAUGUAUAUUUUUCUUUCCAAGUGAAUGAUCAGAAGUGGCAUUGGCUUCAGCGGAGGGAUCAUAAUAGUGUCUCGUGGGUGGGCUGACACGCCAAGCACAAUCGUUGAGUGCGCGCUCCUUUGGUUUGGCUUUGAAAUUUAUCGUGAACGGAUACAAGCAAGGGGGUAACUUUACGUGUGAGGGUCAAUGUGCAGCCUGCGCAUUUCGCGCCUCUUUUUCCCAGCAUGGCUUCUGUCUCAUUUCACUGCUAAGUGCCUAUAUUUCGGAGACGAUGGUUUGCUGAAAGAGCAAAGCUCUUGUAAACGGAGAGGCACCUUUUUUUGGAAGCCAUCUCCAGUUUUCUGUCCCUUGGAAACCAUGAGAGCUUCACUCAUCUAACUCCACGGCUGGCCAUGUGAUAUGCUUACGUCACAUGACUCGCCGCGCAUUCAUUUCACAAUUGUUCCACCCUCCAUGUUUUAUAUUGUCAUAGAACUCUAUUUAAGUGCUACAGGGUUAUAAAUGUAAUUAACGUUUAUAUAUUAGAGUUUCAUAAAUAAAAAGCAACGAUGUAUGUUUAUUGCCCAACAAAACCAAGUUGAUAUGGGCCUAGUCAACACUCCGGUGUUCAAGUAACCGAGUUGUAAUGUACUUAGUCCAACAGGACCAUCCUAUUGACCGUACCGACAAUCUAGUCCUUAAAUUUAAAGACAGGCUUUGCCAAGGGUCAUAGUUGGCCUUUCACUGGAGAUCUCUCAAUACAAGAAAACUCUUUUUGUUCCAUACAACACAAUAAGAAGGCAAUCUACACCCAGCUAUUUUAUGUCAUAAUCUCAUCACCGGUCAUGAGAGAUCGUGAAAUUGGGGGAAUGUUGAACCUGUUGAGGUACAAUGCACUUUUCUUGGUACCUGAUUGGACGUUGGUAGAGUUGACCUGUACAUAUUAUAGAGUAGGCUCGUCGGGUCCUUCAUAUUUUACAGUUCUCUUUAGAACUACAGAGGACCCCGCCCCCCCCCCCCCAGUGCUUUGACUUCGGGUAGCACAUAGGCAUGCAAAAAAUUUUUUUGUUUUCUAUGGAUAAUUUUAAUGAUGUUUUUCACUUAAUUUUGCUUGGUGGCUCAGCAUCGAUCACCCCAAUCCCAUCGCCCUUCCAUAAACGAGGCAGAGUUGCAUGAGUUUUGAAUUGUAUCGGCCAUAUCGAAACAAAUCUCUGCCUUGUCCAUAGUCACUUCUAAUUGGCUGGGCUCUUUUUGAUCCUUAAUACCUUUCUGUUAAGGGUGACGUCAGCCUAUCUUCUUGCUGUGUCUCGAUAUAUAUAUAAUCAUAUAUAUGUGCACACUUUACUACUAUCAAAAACCACACACAAAAAUAUCUUGGGAAAAAAAAAAAUCACCCGUCUUACUACAAAGAGUAACCUCUAUUUAAGUACCCCCCACCUUCCCUUUGUACAUCGUCAGACACAUCAUUAAUUUGCAAAAAUGCCGGGCAUUUCUUCCUAACCUUAACCCUAAGGGAUAUAUGCAUGCUUAUUUUUUAUUUAUUUUUUUCAUUUACAAUAUUCUCCUGUAUGUUUGGGUUAUCGAGAGUCCGAGAUUUAAUUCAAAAAGUUGUGGAUUUUCGUACAAAGAGAGUCGAAGGAAUCUCUAUAAAGGUGGAGGGGAGGUUGUCCUCUGUCUCUCUUAGACACCCGUAGUCAUAUGUUAGAUCAGAGGAGCAAAGGACGUUUGGUUGUUUCAUUGUUUCGGGGGCCAACGUGAACUCUCCGACCUUCAAAGCCCUGUGCCUCUUGCCCCCCCCCAUUUUCCCUCUGCGUUCAAAAAGAUUGGUACUCUCCCUUUAGGGGGCUAUGCAACGAGGAACAAGAGGAACCAAGUACUCAGCACCCUUUCUACACACACUGUAAGCUUUAUCUGCUGGACCCUCCCGUUCCAAGGCUUCAGGAUCAACGCGACCAAAUGUUUUCUAUGGUUUUUUUUCCCUUAAAAACGAAGAGGCACAACUUCCACGUUUUAAAGAAAAAAAAAAAGUAAAAUGUUUAAAAAAAAAAAAAAACAAACCAAAAAACUAUUUAACGACAACGAACAAAAUUAAAAUGUGCAAGAAGCAUGGAAUUUUCAUUCA